GCCCCAUCGGCCAUCGCGACAGAGCACCGGCAGCAGAGCGAGCGAAAAGAAGCCACGACAGCAAGGGGGGAGGAGCGGCAGCCGUCGCCGACACUGAUCCCACGAGCAGAUUAGAGAGCUCGCCUCCGUCGAAGAUCUGAACUCCCUCCUCCCGCUUUCGGAACUCGGAUCAUUCCUUCCUUCAUUCCGGAUCCGCGGAUCUACCCUUCUGUGCUGCUGCAGCAGCUGUCGCUGCUCGGUUGAUUUGGUGGGUGGAGAUGAGGUUCUGGAGGGACGGCGGCGCGAGCGCGAGCGGGCGGGACCUCAACGGCGGGAUGCCCUACGGCCAGGUGCGCGUCCUCAUCGUCGGCGAUUCAGGUGUGGGGAAAUCUUCAUUGGCACAUCUCAUUCUUCAAGGUUCUGCGAUUGCUCGACCGACCCAAACAAUUGGGUGUACAGUCGAUGUAAAACAUAUUACUUACGGAGGCCUAGGGAGUUCAUCUAAUAGCAUCAUCGGGGAUGCUGAAAGGAACUUCUUUGUUGAGCUUUGGGAUGUUUCAGGGCACGAUCGCUACAGAGAUUGCCGUUCACUUUUUUAUUCACAAAUUAAUGGUGUCAUAUUUGUUUAUGACCUAUCUCAGAGGAAGACAAAGACAAAUUUGAGCAAGUGGGCAGUUGAGGUUGCUGAGUCUGGGACCUUUUCAGCUCCUCUUGGGUCUGGUGGUCCAGGAGGCCUUCCAGUUCCUUACCUAGUGAUUGCUAACAAAGUAGACAUUGCUCCAAGAGAUGGUAGAAGAGUUAGCAGUGGAAAUCUUAUUGAUGUUGCUCGUCAAUGGGUUGACAAGCAAGGUCUACUUCCAUCGAAUGAAGAACUUCCACUUGUGGAUAGCUUCCCUGGCAAUUCUGGUCUGCUCACGGCUGCAAAAGAGGCUAGAUAUGAUAAAGAAGCUGUGGUUAAGUUCUUCCGCAUGUUGAUAAGGAGGAGGUAUUUCUCGAAUGAACUUCCUGCCCCUAGCCCAUGGUCUCUCACUCCCAGAGGGGAUACCAUUCUUCCUGUAGAAACCACGAAUGACGAAGAGUUGUUCAAAAGGAAAAGCUAUGGCGGGCAGAGGUACAAAUAUAACGGUGUCGCCCCACUAUCUGCUCAGCAGAACGUAACUCUACCGCUCAGUCCCUCUCCUCAACAGCCGAUGUCCUCUUCCGCGGAGAACUACAGAUACCACAGAUUCUCGUCAUCAGCAAUUCCUGACAAAAACAGCAGCAGGACAAGCCGAUUAGACAUCAAUUUAUGAUACACGGGCUCAUAAUCACCACGAAUAAUCACCAUGAUAUACAGCUUGCGACGUGGGAAAAGCACAUACUCCCGGGGAACUAUUUGAAUCCGACUUUCUGUAUUCUUGAGAAGUUCAACUACUGUCUUACUGGCAACAUGUGCAUGUCGUCGGAUAUGCCUCUUUUUGUUUAUUUUGUCUUUCAUUGUGCGAUCAGUAGUUAGCAUUUCUUUCAUAUCUUGUCCAAUAUUUAUUGAACUGUGAUGUAUUGGAAUUGGAGACAAUGAACAUGUAUAAAAUCAGUAGAAACAUUUUAGAGA